ACAAACAGAAAAAGUCAAAAUGACAAACAUAGAAUAUUCGGAAUAAUUUCAAAGCGUGAUUUGCAGGGAAAAAGUACCCCUCUUGAUAUUGACGAGGAAACCUUACGCAGUUAAUAUGAUGUCACACGUAUAGUAAAGCAUGGACUUGAACGAUAGCAAGCAAAAAGUCUCUCCAACUUUCGGUAAUCGCCCGCGCGCCGCAAGCACGCCGAAAAUACCGAAAAGAAAGUUGCCUCACGAAGAAGAAACUCCUCCACACAAAUCUACCCAAGCAAAUCUAGAAGAUGCAAUCCCGCAAGACUCAUUUGACACGCAACAAGCUAAAUGUACGCCGAAAAUACAAGCCAGUUUCGUAUUAUGCUGUGGCUUUUUAUGUUUUGGCUCCUCAAUGGCGAUAAUCGGACCGACCAUUCUAGAAUUGGGUUGCUUAACGGGCGAAGACGUGGGUGCUAUGAGCUGGGUGUUUUUUGCGCAAACAUGUAGUGCUUUGCUGGGGGCUAUCGGAAGUGGCAUUAUAACGGAUCAGUUCCAAAUCAAUUAUAACAUCUUUUUAGCCGUUGUGAUCACAAUUCAUGCAGUAGCCUUAGUAAUUAUACCAUUUAUGAGAGUGUUGGGUACUUUGUUAGUGUUCACGUCAAUGCAUGGUUUAUUCGGUGGAUUUCAAGAUACAGCAACAAAUUUACGAAUGAUUAUCAUGCACGGACAAGACGUGCCGCCGUAUUUACAAACAUUGUUCUUUUUCUACGGCGUCGGAGCUUUUUUAAGUCCUAUAAUUGCUGGUAAUUUUCUAAGUGACGAAUGCAAUCGAGGAGAGAGUGACGGACUAAGUGAGUUUGCGUUUUCACGUCGUCGCCGACACAAUGGAAUUGGUUUAGGGCAUUGGAUGCGACAAAUGAAAGAAACAGAGAUUAUGUUGACGUCGAAUGCGACAAAAACUGGCAGUACGACUUUACAUACGGAAAUUAUUCGAAUAACGACGACUAAAGUUUAUUUCGCAUACAUAAUCGUAGCGAUCAUUCACGUGGUCGUAACGUUAGGCUUGUGGUACUUAUUCGUCGUGGAAAGAAAAAGACGGCAAGAUUUAAAUAUAUCAUUAGACGGCACAACUGUAUCGACGGAUCCUUUGGAAGAUUCCGUCUCCAGGAGUGAACGUAGCGACGUCGACCCGUCAAUUAAAACACAAGUUUAUUGUAUCAGUUUUUGGAUUGCUGUUAUGGUCUUUAUAUCCGACGGUUUGCAAGGUUCGUUUGGCAGUUACAUAUAUACAUAUGCCGUCAAAAGUAACAUCGGUAUACCGCCCGACGACGCGGCGUAUUUGAACAGUCUGUUUUGGGGAGCCUUAGCUUUAGGACGUUUGUUAGCAAUUUUCGUUUCGAUGUACGUCUCGCCACGUGUGAUGUUACUUGUUGACGUAGUUGGAUGUCUUGCCUCGAUUGUCCUGAUGUUUAUAUUCCGUUUUAAGGUUAUUUCGCUAUGGAUAGGCACUGCAACUUUCGGUUUAUGCCUCAGUAAUAUAUUUCCUACCAGUGUUUCAAUGGCUGAAAGUUAUUUCCGCCUGACUGGCACGAUCACGUGCUUUUUUGUUGUCUGUAGUGGAUUGGGUGAAAUGGCUAUACCGCUGCUGAUUGGCAAGUUAUUCGAUGUAGUUGGACCAAUAAGCUUUCUAGCUAUAAGUUGUAUAUUGUGUUUUUCGUCCGUUGGAAUUUACGUAGCGGUGGUUAUUACCGGAAAGGGAAUCACCCUACGACAGUUGGAAUUACAAAGGAGUUUCUCUGCAGAAAACUCACCGAAUGAAGUCGUCAGUAUUGACACACCUUCGGGGACGCUUGACUUUACUCAGGACCCGUUAACUGGAAAUAAAACUGAAGACGGUAUUGGUACAUCGAGUCCAAUGAUGCUUUUGCCAAGCAAGCAUGAAAAUGGCAGUGAGAAUAAAAAGGAGAGCUAGUAUGAUAUAGAAUUAAUAUUAUAUUUAUAGGUGUAUUUUUUUAAUUUCUAUUGCACAUCUUUUUAGCUUUUUUACAUUAUUUAGUAAGACAUAUUUGAAUUUAAAAAAAUGUAACUAUCCAUGCUUUUAUCCAAAGGAGAGUUUCUUAAUUUUUAAUAAAAAAACGAAGGUGCCGUCUUUAGA